CUCCCUAGAUCAUUAAUCGGCUCUUCGAUACUGAGGAUACACUGAGUGAUAUCUCAUCUACAAAAUUAACAAUAACAACGACAACAACUAGCAGUCCUUACCAUCUUAAUACUCAACCCGACUAUCGUCGACGAAUACUUAAACUUAAUACCGCCAUUUUGAGAGAAUAGCCUCUUAAGAUAUAUACAUAUUUUUAUACCAACAUAAUACAUAAAAUGGCCACCGCCAUGUACGCAACGCAGCCUGGUGCUCAGUACGGAUAUCCGCAACCACCUCCUUCGCCUCCAAUGGACGAGACCUCGAAAUGCUCUCUACCCUCGAUCUCCAACCUAUUAGUAAUGGCAGACGCUGGAUCGCCCACGACAGAGCAAUCACCUCAGUCUCAGCAAGCACCGUCAGUGAAGGUAGAGACUCGGCCGAACUCGUCUCAUUGUGGGAGCAACGGUCCUUCACGAGCAGCUUUACCCCCCACCCCUCCCAUGAGCUCGGAUGCCUCUUUCGAGGGCUACAACUCUCCCUCGACGAGAUCAGUAUCUGUCGUGUCAGCGCCUAACUACUACUAUGAGACGACUCCACCUCUGGAGGAUGUUCACCGCCACCAAAUGGCGGCAGUGGCUGCAGCACCUCGCAUGUCUAUUCAAGCUCCAGCAUAUUCGCAACCCGCUUUUGCAGCUCCGUACCUGGGUCAGGCGCCGAUACCACCUUACUAUUCCGCCGGCCUCCCUGGAGCCCAGGCAGCGCAGUCGCAGAUCUCUGGUCUCUACUACCAAAGACCAUUACCACAGGCCUUCCCUCCACUACCAGUGACGGUGUCUUUGGCAGCAGGUCCAGGUGCCAACCCCUGGCAACACCAUCAUUACAUCUCACCUUCUUCGGCGGCUUCUUUCCCUCAGUCACAGGAUCGUUACAUCUGCCAAACUUGCAACAAGGCCUUCUCUAGACCGAGCUCGCUACGAAUUCACAGCCACUCUCACACUGGCGAGAAGCCCUUCAAGUGUCCUCAUGCGGGUUGCGGCAAAGCUUUCAGUGUUCGAAGCAACAUGAAGAGACACGAACGAGGAUGCCACGACAAUGGCAACGCAUCUCACCACCGCUAAUCCCGGCCCAUAAUCGAUAAAUAGAACUAUUCGAUGUUGUCGUUACUUAUUGUUUAUUCAUAAUAUGGCUAUUAAUCUCGCGCGGACAUAUCAAGAGGAGGUUUAUUUUAUUUUUUCUACCGGGAGCCGAGAAAA